CGCGGAUUAGGACGGGCACAAUCUGUGGCAUUCGACGGAUUGCGUCACGACGUGACGCUUUUUUGAGUUCAAUGUCGCUUGAACUCUACCGUUGCGGCGCGGCGGCGGACGUGCGCGCAUACGCGUGUGCGGGGCACCGUUUGUUUUUGCAAAGUGUUUUAAGUGGCUAAAGUGAUCGUGCGUUUUCUCGUGAAUGCACAAUGGCUUUAAUUGCACAGAGCGACGAGAGAUCGUCGCGCGAGCGACCGACUUCGAAAUGCGCGCAAUACGUGGGCGUGCUUGUGGCGACACUCGCCGCGUUCUCGAUCGGCACGUAUUUGUCAUGGACGUCAUCCGCCUUGCCACUUUACAACACGAACGACACCCUACCUGUCAGCGAUCAGGAGGGCUCAUGGAUUUCUUCCCUGGUGCCUCUCGGUGCGAUUCCGACCGCUAUCCCGGCGGGAAUCCUGGCGGAUAGGUUUGGUCGGAAGAGAACGAUUUGGGCGACGACCGUGCCCUUAUUUCUGUGCUGGUACAUUAUCGGAUUCGCGCGAAGUAAGAUAUGGAUUUUCUUGGCGCGGUUUAUUGCGGGGGCAGCAUGCGGCGCAGCAUCCGUCGUUGUUCCCAUGUUCGCGUCUGAGAUUGCCGAGCAGAGCAUUAGGGGCUUGCUUGGCACUAUUUUCCAAUUGCAGAUUACCGCCGGAAUUCUCUUCGCAUAUGCUACUGCCUUCACCGAUAACUUGCACGUCAUCGCGAUACUUUGUUCCGUGGCACCCGCUUUGCUUUUGAUCUCCUUCCCGUUCGUACCGGAAUCACCGGCGUGGUUGGUCAUGCGGGGCCGGAAGAACGAGGCGAAUGAUGUGCUGAAACACUACAGAGGGGUUCGCUACGACACCGAGACGGAAUUGGCCAGGUUCGAGCUUCAGGCGUCGGAAAUGCGCCAAGCCAGGCCCAAUAUUUUGCAUUUGAGAAAUUAUCAGAAAGCUACCUGCAUCACACUUGGUCUAAUGUUUUUCCAACAACUCUCCGGCGUUAACACUCUGAUAUUCUACGCGAAAAUAAUCUUCGACCACGCGGGAUCAACUCUGAGCUCGUCCACGUCGUCUGUGAUCGUCGGUAUCGUACAAGUGAUCGCCACCUAUUUUUCGACUAUUCUGAUCGAACGCACCGGCAGGAAGCUAUUAUUGUUCAUUAGUGCGUCAGUGAUGGCUGUUUGUAUGUUCACGUUAUCGGGGUAUUUCCGUUUCCAGAGCUCGCACGAUCUCUCGAGCUUCUCCUGGAUCCCUCUGCUCUCGUUCGCGGUAUUCAUCGUGAUUUUCAGCAUCGGCUUCGGUCCUAUACCCUGGUUGAUGGUCGGCGAGUUGUUUACGAGCAACGUGAAGAGCGUGGCGAGCGCCGCCACCGCGAUAUGCAAUUGGACGCUGGCGUUUUUGGUGACAAAGUGCUUUCAGGACAUGGUGGAUCUCAUGGGGAUCUCCUCGUCAUUCGCUACAUUCGGCGUGAUAAGUUUAAUUGGAACCAUAUUUGUCUCCGUGAUGGUGCCGGAGACGAAGGGCAAAAGCGUCGAGGAGAUUCAGAUCGAGUUGCAAGAGACGCAAAUUAGGAUCCCGAGGGAGGCAGCCGCGAUGGAAACAUGACGAAACAUAAUGAAAUAAUCACUGAAUCAAGAUGCUUAGUUGUAGAAAUGCGGUUGUGACCUGUUUGCAUCAUGAAUAUUUUAUAAGUCACCCAGUAAUCAGGAGUGAGUAAUUAAUGCUUAAUACCAGAAAAGGCGAUUUUAAAGAGAUAAAAGGAAUCUCCGCGAGAGUAUACGAAUUAAGGGUAAAGCCCCUUGCACAAUAGGCGAUAGCGAUGGCGAUAGCGACAGCGACAAGAUUGCCGACAAAGCUAUACCUU